AUGGAGUACUGCGGUACAGCGAUCCCGCCAAACCCGGCAAACAUGUGCGUGAACUGCGUGCGCUCGAUCGUAGAUAUCACCGAGGGAAUUCCCAAGCACGCAACAAUCCACUGGUGCAAGAACUGCGAGCGGUACCUGCAGCCGCCAGCGUCAUGGGUGGUGUGUGAUCUCGAGAGCCGCGAGCUGCUGGCGUUGUGUCUGAAGAAACUGAAGGGCCUCGGAAAGGUCAAGCUGACGAUCCAGAAGGAGGUGUUCACGGCGACGAUCCUGCAGCAGGCGUUUGAGGUGGAGUUUGUGGUGUCGUCAAUGAUGUGUCCCGACUGCAUGCGGGUGAUGGCGCAGAACACAUGGAAGGCCAUGGUGCAGGUGCGGCAAAAGGUCGACCACCAGCGCACGUUCUUCUACCUGGAGCAGCUGAUCCUCAAGCACAACGCUGCCCACGACACGAUCAAUAUCAAGGAGGUCAAGGGCGGCCUGGACUUCCAUUUCGCGCAGCGUGCGCACGCAAUCAAGAUGGUUGAGUUCCUGGCCAGCAUGGUGCCGACCCGGUCCAAGACAUCCGAGCAGCUGAUUUCGAGCGACGUGCACACAAGCACGUCCAACUACAAGUUUACCUACUCGGUCGAGAUCAUCCCGAUCUGCAAGGACGACCUGGUGGCGAUGCCCAAGAAGGUGGCCAACUCGCUCGGCCACAUUGCGCCGCUGGUGCUGUGCACGCGCGUCGGCAACACCAUCCAUGUUAUCGACCCAAAGACCCUGCAGCAGGCCGAUAUCUCGGGAACCGUGUUCUGGCGCCACGAGGGCAUUGACACGGUCAGCGCCGUGCGCGAUCUCAAGGAGUUCUACGUCGUCGACGUCGACCUGCUUGGCCCGCGCGUUGGCCGCUUUGCGCUAGCCGAUAACGACGAUGUCAUUAUUGUGCGCUCGCACCUUGGCAACCUGCUGAACUUUGGUGACACCGUGCUUGGCUACGAUCUGCUGACGGCCAACAUCAACAACCCGAGCUUCGACAAGCUGAACACGGAGGACAUGCCCAGCGUGGUGCUGGUCAAGAAGAGCUAUCCGGAGCGCCGCCGCAAGCGCAAGGUGCGUCCCUGGAAGCUCAAGUCGCUGUCCAAGGACGAGGGCGACUUGGCGCCCAAGAAGCAGGAUCAGGAGAAGCUCGAGGCCGACUUCGAGACCUUCCUGCGCGACCUCGAGGAGGACCCCGAGCUGCGCCAGAGCAUCAACCUGUACAAGGACACCAGCGCUGUGCCUGGCCGCAACACCGGCGAGAUGGACGACGAGGACGACGAGGACGCGCCCGAGGUGCCCCUUGAGGAGCUGCUGGACGACCUCAAGAUCACAGACGACGACGUGGACAUGGAGGCCUAG